AUGCAAAAGGACGCCUCCCCGAGCGGCUUCCGGCCCGGCUUCCAGCACUUUGCCACGCAGGCCAUCCACGUGGGACAGGAUCCCGAGCAAUGGGAGUCACGCCCCGUGGUGCUGCCCAUCUCGCUGGCCACCACUUUCAAGCAACACACGCCGGCCCAGUCCUCGGGUUUUGUAUAUAGCCGCUCUGGAAAUCCCACAAGGAACUGCUUGGAAAAAGUAGUGGCCGCUCUGGACGGGGCAAAACACAGUUUGGCCUUUGCUUCGGGGCUAGCUGCCACCGUGACGAUUAUCCAUCUGUUAAAAGCUGGAGAUGAAGUCAUUUGUAUAGAUGACGUGUAUGGAGGCACCAGCAGAUACUUCAGGAGGGUGGCAUCAGAAUUUGGGCUAAAGAUUUCUUUUGUGGAGUGUUCCAAAACCAAAUUGCUAGAGGAAGCGAUUACACCACAAACCAAGCUUGUUUGGAUUGAAACACCCACAAACCCAACCUUGAAGAUGACUGACAUCGAAGCCUGUGCACGCAUCGUCCAUAAGCGUGGAGACAUCAUUUUGGCUGUAGAUAACAGUUUCAUGUCUUCAUAUUUCCAGCGACCUUUGGCUCUGGGUGCUGACAUUUGUAUGUGUUCUGCCACGAAAUACAUGAAUGGCCACAGCGAUGUUGUCAUGGGCUUGGUGUCUGUUAACUCUGAUGACCUCAAUGCCCGGCUUCGUUUCCUGCAGAACUCAUUGGGGGCGGUUCCUUCCCCUUUUGAUUGCUACCUCUGCUGCCGGGGCCUGAAGACUCUGCAGGUGCGGAUGGAGAAACACUUCAAGAAUGGGAUGGCAGUGGCCCGUUUCCUGGAGUCGAAUCCCAGGGUAGAAAAAGUUAUUUACCCUGGGCUACCCUCUCACCCUCAGCAUGAGCUGGCCAAGCGCCAAUGCUCAGGCUGCACGGGGAUGGUCAGUUUCUACAUCAAGGGAGCACUGCGGCAUGCCGAGACUUUCCUCAAGAGUCUAAAGCUGUUUACUCUGGCCGAGAGCCUGGGAGGAUAUGAGAGUCUGGCCGAGCUUCCAGCAAAGAUGACCCAUGCAUCUGUGCCUGAGAAGGACAGAGCUGCCCUUGGGAUCAGUGACACACUGAUCCGACUCUCUGUGGGCCUAGAGGAUGAAAGGGACCUUCUUGAAGACCUGGAUCAAGCUCUGAAGGCAGCGGUUCGUCCAGACAGCACUAGCGGAGAUGUAGUCAGAUGGCUUCAGGUGACGGGAGGAACGCGAAACCAGCGCAGUGGUCUAACAGCCAGACCUUUAAACCGGAGUGGGACAGCGGCUCGGCCUGGUAGUCAUAGCAGAGGGUUAGCGUCAGCACACUGGCAGGCCUUCCUGCCCCGAGGUUCUUCCUUCCUCUCCUAA